GCAGCAGAUGUCCAACAGCAGCUCCAUCACCCACUUCCUCCUCCUGCCAUUCGCAGACACGCGGGAGCUGCAGCUCUGGCACUUCUGGCUCUUCCUGGGCAUCUCCCUGGCUGCGCUCCUGGGCAACGGCCUCAUCAUCACCACCACAGCCUGUGACCAGCACCUCCACACCCCCAUGUACUUCUUCCUGCUCAACCUCUCCCUCCUGGACCUGGGCUGCAUCUCCACCACUGUCCCCAAAUCCAUGGCCAAUUCCCUAUGGAAUACCAGGGCCAUCUCUUACUUGGGAUGUGCUGCCCAAGUAUUUCUGUUCAUCUUUUUCAUUUCAGCAGAGUUUUCUCUUCUCACCAUUAUGUCCUACGACCGCUACGUGGCCAUCUGCAAGCCCCUGCACUACGGGACCCUCCUGGGCAGCAGAGCUUGUGUGCACAUGGCAGCAGCUGCCUGGGGCACUGGGUUUCUCUAUGCUCUGCUGCACACUGCCAAUACAUUUUCAUUGCCAUUCUGCCGAGGCAAUGCUGUGGAGCAGUUCUUCUGUGAAAUCCCCCAGAUCCUCAAGCUCUCCUGCUCAGACUCCUACAACAGGGAAUCUGGAAUUCUUGGUUUUUCUGCUUUUCUAUUUGUUGGCUGUUUUGUUUUCAUUGUGGGGUCCUAUGUGCAGAUCUUCAGGGCCGUGCUGAGGAUCCCCUCUGAGCAGGGACGCCACAAAGCCUUUUCCACUUGCCUCCCUCACCUGGCCGUGGUCUCCCUCUUUGUCAGCACUGCCAUGUUUGCCUACCUGAAGCCCCCCUCCAUCUCGUCCCCAUCCCUGGAUCUGGUGGUGUCAGUGCUGUACUCAGUGGUGCCUCCAGCAGUGAAUCCCCUCAUCUACAGCCUGAGGAACCAGGAGCUCAAGGAUGCUGUGAGGAAGCUGGUGACUGGAUGUGUUUCAGCAGCCAUAUGCUGCAUGCAUUUUUCUGCAAAGGGCUCCCAGUACACACGGGAGCUGCAGCUCUGGCACUUCUGGCUCUUCCUGGGCAUCUUCCUCACUGCGCUCCUGGGCAACGGCCUCAUCAUCAUCAUCAUAGCCUGUGACCAGCACCUCCACACCCCCAUUACUGCAGCAUUUGCCUACCUGAAAUCCCCCUCCAUCUCCUCGCCAUCCCUGGAUCUGGUGUUGGCAGUGCUGUACUCGGUGGUGGUUCCAGCAAUGAACCCCUUCAUCUACAGCCUGAGGAACCAGGAGCUCAAGGAUGCCCUGAGGAAACUCUUUGAAUUUGCUAUUUCACAUUAA